AUCUUGACUUAUCCUCCUGAGAAGGAAACUGUAGGAGAGAGAGAGGAACCUACUACAUCAGAACCUGUAGUCAAACCAACAUAGAUUUCACCUCUUGUGAGAAAGUUUGUUGAGUUAAAAGAAGCUUUUGAUAAAGAAAAACAGGUUCUUGAACAAGAAAAGGAACAACUUCUUAAAGAAAUAUCAAUUUUGAAAAUAUCCUCUCUAUCUCACACAGUUUCUCAAACCUCUUCACCUUCUUCCUCGGAAAAAUCUUUUGAAAACUCCAUCGAUAGCAGUAAGACUUCUCCCGCUCACUCUGAGUCUCCUUCUCCAAUAAGAAACCAAGUGAAGAAGAGAGUCAAGAAAAGAGGCGAGUGAAUAGAAGAAAAAUAAGAAGAAGGAAGACAGAAGAAGAGUCAAGAGUAGUGAAUAAGAAUCAGCGAGCGAGUGCACUUUUCUAUGUUAAAAAUAAGUCUAGAUUGAGCAUUAGAGAGCCGUUUGCUAAUCAUUCUAGUAAUGCUGUUCCUAGGACUUCCCUUUGUGAACCCUCAACUAGUUAUGAUAGUAGACAUGCCUCUAAGUUUUCUGUUUCCUAGAUACCUAUCACUAAUCGUUGUACUAGUUGUGUUUCUCUGAAUUGUGUUAAGUUAAUGAAAUGUUGCUGUUUUGAGUCCACUUCCACUGAUAAUGAAACUGAUCCUGUGAGUGCUUAGAAAAUUUUGAAAACGCCUAAGGCUGACAAAACAACUGUUGAGGGGAAAUUCAAACUUUCAUUCUUAAAGUAUCCCCUCAAGGUUAAUUCAGCUAAACAUCUGAAAAGUCUCUCACAGGAACCAAUUUUGAAGGAUCAUAUAUCUGAAAUCUCUCUUGCUCCAAAAAUAAAACAAAUAUGGGUUCCCAAGGCUGAGGCUGAUCAAUUAAAAUUGAAAAAUGAUUCUCAAACAGACAGCCUGGGAUCUCAAAUUAAAAGGAAAUUGAAACAACUGCUCACUGUUGAUAAGGAAGGACCCAUCUUCUGAUGGGUACCUAAGCGAAACUAAUCUGUUUUGCAGGUCAGUCAUGUGUGGCAUCUUGAUUCUGGUUGCUCGUCACACAUGACUGGACAAAAGGAACUUUUGAGCAACUAUUCUGAAAGAUAUGGAGGAAAUGUGAGGUUUGGGAACAACGCUUCAUCGCCAAUUCUCGGAAUAGGAGAUGUCAUUUGUGAGAGUGUCACGAUCAGAAACGUGUCGUUUGUACAAGGACUGAAGCACAACUUGCUUAGCAUUGGCCAAUUUUGUGACAAUGGAAUGGAAGUUAGAUUCCAUGGUAAGCAAUGUUGUGUGAUGGAUAUGAGCGGGAAACCAUUAUUAAGGUGUCAGAGGAAAACCAAUCUCUACACCAUUGAUCUUAAAACAGUCUGAUCCCCCAUAUCCAUCUGUCUCUUGUCCAAAGCAUCUCAGGAACAAAACAAUCUAUGGCACAGACAUCUCUCACACUUGAAUCUGCCUGCUAUCUGUUCCCUCUCCUCAAAGAAGCUUGUGAAAGGAAUGCCUGUAUUGAAGAACUCACCCAAUCAUCACUGUUCUGCUUUCCAUUUAGGAAAGAUAAGGAGCGCAUCACACAAGUCAAAACAAUUUCCCUCCUCAUCUCAUCCCCUGAAGCUACUACAUAUAGAUCUGUGCGGUCUGAUGCGUGUUCAAAGCAUCAACGGACGCACAUUUACUUUGGUAAUUGUGGAUGACUACUCACGCUACACAUGGACCAUGUUUUGCGAUCCAAGGACGAAACUCCAAAUCUGAUCAUGACAUUCAUCAGGACAAUACAGAACUACCUGCAGCAGAAUGUGAAAAUAGCCAGAACUGACAAUGGGACAGAGUUCAAGAACAAGGUGUUGGCCGAUUUCUACGAAGCUCAGGGAAUUACUCAACAGUUUUCUGCAGCUAAAACACCACAGCAGAACGGUGUAGUAGAAAGACGGAACGGAACCCUAGUAGAAGCAACCAGAACUAUGCUGAUACAGUCAAAGCUUCCUCACUUCAUGUGGGCUGAAGCUAUCAACACGGCUUGCUUUACUCAGAAUAGGACCAUGAUCCACAAAUGAUUUGACAAGACCCCAUACGAGAUUGUGUUCAAGCGACUCCCAAACAUCGCCUUUUUCCGGAUUUUCGGCUGCAAAUGCUACAUUAUGAAUUACAGGGAUGCUAGGGGGAAGCUUGAUCCAAAGGCAAAUGAAGGAAUCUUUAUUGGAUAUUCUACUAACUCGAAAGCCUACAGAGUAUACUUGAAAGAUAGAAGAACCGUCAUGGAGAGCAUCAAUGUGAGCUUCUAUGAAAUGGCGGACAAAGGCGGACAUGGCUUCUGAGCACUUCCAAUUUGAACCAACAAUCUCUGAUGAAAGCAAGGCUCAAUCACCUUCUAGAAUGGGAGAACAGGAAGGCAAGGAAGGAUCAGAUGAGCAUGUGAUACUCGACUCUUUAUUUGAGCACUUCUACAGCCAGCCACGUGCAUCACCAGCUACAACUUCUACAACUGCUCAGCCUGCCUUGUUACCUGCUCCCACAUCAGAAGAAUCACAAACUCCUGUUCAGAACAAUGAUGAGCAUACACAUGAACAAAUACCAUCUGAUCCUCCUACUCCACAGAAUGAACAACCAGAGCAAUCUACUGAACAAGAAACUCCUGAGACACAGCAAAGCAACGAGUAUACUGACCCCGAUCAACCAAUCAUAACUCCACUACCUCUCCCUCAUGAGAGAAGUUGGACGAAAGCACAUCCGCUAGAGCUGAUAAUCGGUGAUCCAUCAAAAGGAGUCAGAACCAGAGCCGCAUCAGUCAAUGAAUGCUUAUACUCAAGUUUUCUAAGCCAGAAAGAACCUGCAAAAAUGGCUGAAGCAUUGGCUGAUUCGGACUGGAUUGUUGCGAUGCGAGAAGAGAUAAACCAGUUUGAAAGACUGAAAGUGUGGACCCUGGUGCCGCGACCGUACAGAAAAACCAUUAUAGGCACCAAAUGGGUAUUCAAAAACAAAAAGGAUGAAGAUGGUGUGAUAAUCAGGAACAAGGCCCGCCAGGUAGCAAAAGGAUACAAUCAACAAGAAGGAAUCGACUACGAUGAAACCUUUGCACCAGUGGCGAGAAUUGAGGCCAUCAGAGUAUUUCUUGCAUACGCCGCACACAAGAGCUUCCCUGUUUAUCAAAUGGAUGUCAAGACUGCGUUUCUAAAUGGCAAUCUGAAAGAAGAAGUUUUUGUUGCACAACCUGAAGGCUUUGUUGAUCCUGAACGCUCCAAUCAUGUUUAUAAGCUGAGAAAAGCCAUGUAUGGACUGAAACAGGCACUGAGAGCCUGGUACGAAGCACUAUCAGAUUUUCUUGUGGAAUCAGGCUUCUCAAAGGGAAAGAUUGACCCAACUCUCUUUAUCAAGCGACACAAGGGUGACAUCAUGCUGAUAUAGAUAUAUGUGGACGACAUCAUUUUUGUCUCAUCAAAUCCAAAUUUCUGUCAAAAGUUCAGCAAUCUGAUGCGCACCAAGUUUGAAAUGAGUAUGAUGGGGGAGUUGAGCUUCUUUCUUGGGCUUCAGAUCAAGCAAAUGCCAGACGAAAUAUUCAUCAACCAGUCCAAGUACAUCCACGACAUUCUUAAGCGCUUCAAAAUGGACAGCAAGUCCACGAUGAAAACCCUCAUGUCUCCCUCACAAAAGCUCGACUCUGACCCUUCCGGGAAACCAGUCAAUGCUACCAAUUAUCGGGCUAUCAUCGGUUCCUUGUUGUAAUCUUACAUCUAGCAGACCGGACAUUGUCUUUUCAACCUGUCUCUGUGCACAAUUCCAAGCAAAUCCUAAGGAGUCACAUCUGAAUGCAGUGAAAAGAAUAUUGAGAUAUAUGAAAGGAACAGUUAAUCUGGGCCUUUGGUAUCCCAAGGAAUCAGGUUUUGACCUAGUGGGAUACUCAGAUGCUGAUUUUGCGGGUUGCAAACUGGACAGAAAGAGUACAUCCGGUGGUGCACAAUUUCUAGGUGAAAAGUUGGUGUGCUGGUCCUCUAAAAAGCAGAACUGUGUGUCCACUUCUACAGCUGAGGUAGAAUAUGUCGCGGCUGCUAGUUGUUGUUCACAAAUACUUUGGAUGAGGACACAGCUGAAAGACUACGGAUUCACAUUCUCACACAUCCCGAUUUAUAGCGACUCUCAAAGUGCAAUUGCCAUCACGUGUAAUCCUGUCCAUCACUCACGAACAAAGCAUAUUGACCUCAGAUAUCAUUUUAUCAAGGAUCACGUCGAGAAGGGCACCGUGGAUAUAUACUUUGUGUCCACGGAAUUACAACUGGCUGACAUAUUCACAAAGGCACUGGAUGAGAAGAGAUUCAACUUCCUUAUCUCUAAGCUGGGGAUGCUGAACGCGAACGAAUGAAUAACUAUGAACUGUGUGUGUGCGUGUGAUUUCAUCUCAUUUAAAAAAAAUCAUUUUGAAAAAUAAAACAACAACAACACACAUUUGCAUUUUUAUUUUUUUAUGCAUCUCAUUCUUUUUUUCUCACAUGCAUCAUUUUUUUAGUCAAUUUUUCAAUGCAUAAAUCAAGGGGGAGCUUUUUCAAUAUCAUGCAUAAAUUGAGGGGGAGUUUCUAAAAAUAUUCAUUGUCAGGAGAGCAAGUGUUGAGGGGGAGCAAUUUGAAAAUAAAAUAAAAAAAGGAGGAAAAGGACGUGGCCCGUUAAAACUUUUAAAGUUCCGGGCCUAGCUAUUUAAACCUCAAAUAUCGCAUACCUCCUCUUCACUCUCUCUCUGCGCUGAAACGAUCGAACUUCACUCCUCUCUCAGUCGAAAUCACUCAUCUCCCCUGUUAAGCUUCCAAGUUUUUUUCGCCCGUCUCUUUCAAAGGGUAAAUAUUCCAUACUCGUUUCAAAAUGAAUGUUUCACAGGUACACUAAUGACGAUGAACAGGUUUCGACUCAACGAAGAAGACGAACAGCCCUUGCGCGAAACUGAUGCGCGAUUACUCUGGUGCGGGAAUCUAGCCUUGCGCAAUUAAGGGGAUGCGUGAUUCCCUUGGUGCGCGAUUCUCGCUAUGCGCCAUACAUGGAGACUCGCGAUUCCCUAGAUGCACGAAACUACUAUGCGCAAAAUCCCUAUGCGCGAUUUAGGGUUGGUGCGCAAAACAGGCUAUGCGCGAUUUUCACUAAACUCAUGCGCCAUUUCACUAAUGACCCAAAAGUAGCUGAUGCGCGAAACAUAGGCGCAUACUCAAGCCCUGCGCGAUUUCAGCCCAGGUGCAAAACAUAAGUGUUGGGCCAUUAAAAAAAUUUCAAAGUUCACUCUAGGCCCACGUCAACUAAAGUAGAAUUGCCAAUGCUUAGUUGGGCCAAAAAAUUCUAAGACCCGGCCCAGGAACCUCCAAGCACUUAUCCCAAUUUUUUUUUAAAAAAAAACCCACGAAAUCAUAAAAAAAACAAAGGGGCCCAAAUUAUCAAACCCUGAUCACAAUAGAGGAAAAAGAGCCCAAAUAAGACCUUAAUUUGUGGAUUUAGCAACCAUUUUUUAUCAAAUGCUCUAAUCUGUUUAUCAUUUUCAGAUCGAAAUGGUAGCUAUUCCCAAAAUUAGACAGAUCUACCCAAGGGAAAACUGGUACACUAUCAGAGAAAAUAAUCCCAAGCUGGACCCAGAGGUGUUCUCAUGCCAAGAUGAUGUUUUCAUUGCCAUUCUGAAAGGGCACAAGCUGUGAAAAGCCCUGAGCGAAUCUACUGAAGUACCAGAGGUGUAUCUCCAACAAUUUUGGGGAACACUAAACAAAGUCCUUGACGACGACAAUGAAGAGAUAGAUGACGAGCUGACCGUCACUAUCAUGAACACUGAGGUCACCAUCACCAAAGAUCUGCUGCACCAAGCUCUCCAAAUCCUGGAAGAAGAACACUAUGACGAGCUGGAAUCUGAACCUGAAAUGAUGGCCAAUAUGAUCUAGCUAGGCCAUGUUGCACCAAUCAAGCUCAUUUCUGAUGUCAGACCGGGACGCUUACCAAGACCGUGGAGGACAAUGCUAGCUAUUCUCAACAGGUGAUGUAUUGCCAAACACACUGGCUUCGACAAGUGCAGCAUCUACCUUUUGACCAUCUUCCAUGGCAUCGCUUUCAUGAAGAACUACGCCAACGUCUCGCUGAUAUGGGACGAAAUUUUUGAGCUAGUCAGAAAGAGGACAAAGACGGACCAGAUCAAACACCUUCCCUACAUGAGGUGGUUUUCACUGAUUGUAAGACAUAUCUCCCGAUCCACUGCAGCAAUUCCUCGACGAUUAUCAAAGGAAAAUGUCUACAUUUCGUCCGUCCAACGUCUCAAGAAAAUGCUUGAUGAUCGCACGCUGGUACCCAUGACUAUACCAGUGGCUCUUCUACAGUUAGCCGAUCCGAAUGAUCUAUCUGUCCGACGCUACUGUGAAGAGCACAACAUUAUAUUCCCUAUGGCUCAGAUAAACCCCCCUGAGCCUACCCCUGGGAGUCAACCAAGUGUGAGUGAGGGUCUUGAGAGUUCAACCCGGCCACAGAGACCAGUGGCAAGUUGGCCCCAUGAUGAUCAGACUUUGUCUGCUGAGGGCCACACCCAUGCUGAAGAGACUACCCGUGAUUCAUCAAGCAUAGCCAGAACACUAGAUGCUGAUGAUGAGGACUCUGGGAGCAAGGCUGAGGAAAGCGACAACGAUGACAGUGAUGAGGAUGACGAUGACGAGGACAAUAAUGCGAGAAAAGCCAAGAAAGCCCCUGCUCAGAAAGGAAGAUUCAUUAUAAGGCUUUCUAGGGCUACAAACAAAGAGGGGUCUCACCUGAUCAAAAACACUGAAGGACAAACCAUCAGUGAGACUCGCUCUAAGGUAUGUCACGACAACCCCUCCUCAUCAUCCAUUCCUAUGCAAAGAGUGCAAACGGACAGCGCCAUUGCGGACGACAUGACCAUAUUUGAUAGUUAUUCCGACUUCGAAGAAAUAAACCGGGCUAACCCCAUAGGUGCAGAGACUGAUAUUUUUAGUUUCCGAGUAGAAGACGCAGCAUUAAGCCCAACUGCACAUGCACAAGCCCAACCUAGCCACUCUGCUGCCUCUCAACAGGUAGUAGUUUCACAAAUAGGGGAUACUACACCCACCUCUCUGCCUCCUUACGACGCAGUUGAGGAAUUAUAUAGUGGUCUAUCGCCCCGGACCACUACCCCUCCUUCAAGCACGAUGAGUCUAGGUGUCACACUCCCUACAUUUUCAAAUUUUUCUAGGACACCUACACUUCUCACACCACUGCACUCAACAGGUUCACUUUACCUGUCAAUAACGAUCAGAGAUACGUCAAUGAUGAUCAGAAGUCCUACUGCUCAACAGAUAACUCAAUCAUUAUCUGCAGGCCACACAUCGGUAAUCUUUACUGAUGCUGUGAUAACGGUUACUACCCUUGUAACCGGACAGCCCGAACCUACCGACCUUUCUGUCAUUCUGCAGAGUUUCAUGGAUUCCACCAUUAAGCCAUGGGUGCACGAAGCAAUAACCGCUCGGGCACAGGAAUUCAUGAACACCCAGGCGCUACCGAUUAACACCACCCAACCACAACCAUCCACUUCUCACUCUCAACAACAACUUACCCCCAUACUUACCCUUCAAACCUCUGAACCAUCAACCACACAACCUCAAACACCUACCACUUCAAGGGGAACCCAGGAUACAGAACGUGUGUCCUCCCCUACAACGACCACACCUCAUCCUAACCCUUACACCAUUGUUUUCGAGGAACUCGAAUCUAUUAUGCUAGCGAGAAUUCUAGCCACCGAAGAAGGCAACCGAACCCCAAGACAAAAAGCCCUUAUUCGUGUAUUCUUAGAAACCGAUAGCACAUGUCGUGACCGUCUCUGUAAUCACAAACGUUCGCAUGAGGACCCUGAUGACUCAGAUCCUCAUGAGGGGGAGAACAAGAGGCAACAGACACUUGAGCAUGGAGCAUCAACAAGCCAACAACCCACACAUGAUUCCCAACCUGAAUCCUCGAACAACCAGCCCCCAUCCACCACUCAACCCAAUAGCCAAGCCACAAACCUACAUAUCUCUAGCAUGGUCGAGCUAGACAAAACACUCCGAGGCAUAUCUCUCAGAGAUUUUGACCAAGGAUGGAGUGGAAGUCCUGAGGUAGCUACUUCGAGUACACCAUUUUAUUCAGACCAUCAGGAAGAACCUAGUUCUAUACUGAUGACAACGGGAAAUCCAUGUGAUCCCGGACUAACCUCUUACGAAGCAACACAGAUGAAUGCUCCCUCUGAAGAACAAAUCCUGUCCAUCUACGAUGAACUAGAAAAGAUCAUUAUCGAUGAAAGAUGGAACGGAGAAUGGACAGAAUGGGACGAAAUUAGACCAGAGGUCGAGCAAUAUGAAAUGCAAAGAGGAGUCUAUCUCAGAGACUUACUGAAAAAAUGCGAUGAAGAUCUGAUAGAGCUCGAGGAAGAUGAACUCAAGGAAGGGGAGAACUACAAGAAAACUCCAGCAUAGCUACCCUCCAUUGUCAGAAGAACAAGAGCGCUCUUGCCCAGAGAUGAAGACCCAUGGGAGAAUAUCAAUAUCACUGCCCCCUUUCAAGAGGAAAUCCGAAAGCAUUUAUGGAGAAAACCUGAUAGGAUCAAGAAAAUUGAUGAGCUUAAAGUCUGAGGUCUAACCCAUCUCAAAGGUAGACAAGUCGGCAGACAUCUUCACAUGUUAUAUCACCGAUCAACAGUCCCUACACGGGUAUUUUGUAUUUUCAGGUACUUUUGAUGCUAUUUGGAUACAUUAGAGUGAACAAAAGAAGAAAAUAAAAGUUCAAGUUGGAAGUCAAUAAAAGUGGAAUUUUCUUCAAAACAAAUAAGGAGUAAAUUGAAGAAAAGAAGCAAAAAAUAAAAAUGAUGGAGUUGGGAUUCGAUCCCUAGAGAAAGGGUAGAAGAAUGCCUACUACAACCAAUGUGCUAAGUGAUCAAUAUUGUACAUAUUCAGCUGGCAAUUGUUAUAUUCCUUCUGAACGCGGCAAAGAAAAGAACAAAAUGUUGAUGCCAAGAAUCGAUCCCAAGAUCUCUAAAUUUUCCCCUGAAGUGCUUAUCCGUUGAGCUACCUGCCACUGUUGAAACUUUACUGCGCUUUGUUGUACAUAAACUCAUCUGUUCCGUAAAUCCCAGCAAUUAAUGAUUAAUCACCUUAUCAUUAUAUUGCCUUAAUCCAUCUUCCUCCACACAUAAGCUCGGACCAACCUCUCUCUAAACAUCCCAGAAACAUUUCCUCCUCCUUCUCUCUUCAUUUCUCAACCCCAAAUCAUCAACCCAUCUUCAACCAUAACUAAUCACUUUCUCAUCCAAGAUUAAGUCAAGAUUAGCAUCAAAGCUCCAAGGAUUGUCAUCAAUCACAAGUUUGAUCUUCCUUAUCUCAUUAAAUCUUGUACUUUAAUCAUGGAUUCAUCUAUUUCUAUGUUUCCCAACAUGUAUAGCUAAAUAAAUUUGGGGCUAGAAAUUGGUUAAUUAAUUGUUCUUAUAAUGUUUUAAUUUGUAUUGAUUUUAAUUGUUAAGUUUAUUCUUUUUAGAUUGUUGUGUCCAGAAACUUAAUUAUGUUGUGUUUAUGAUAUAUAUUAUGAGUACUCAAUCAUAAACAUAUUGUUUGUUAAAUACACAAAUGAACACUUUCUGAACACACCGUUAAACUUCUUUUACCUUGUCCCGAAUUGAAGUUUUACGGGAGAAUUUAAUUAUUUAAUUAUAUUAUUUACACCACGGGGUUGGGUAAAUAAUAUAGUUAAUAAUUAAGGUUGUCGUUGCACUUAAACAACUAGUCUCGUUUUGGCCAUCACUGGGAAAUGUUGACUAGUUACUUAUUUUAGGUGACUUGUGUUGGGUCCUAAAAUAUUUAUCUACAACUUCUCACAAUCUAUCUAAGAAUAAAAUUAGCAAUUAUGUCUUACAAAUGAGCAUUGAACAAUUAGUUGCCAAUUUCUACCCCUACUUGCUAUUGGUUGAACUUUGUGUUGAUAAAAGUCUCUUCUCUCAAUCACUUUUAUUUAAUUACUUUUCCAAGUAAACAAAAAUCAAAAGAAACGCAUUCCCAACUUUAAUCCUUAGUUUGUGCUUAAUUAUUUUAUUUCCCGCUUCUCUGUGGUUCGACACCCUACUUCCUUGGGUAAAAAAAAUAGUUGUGUGCCCAUUAUAUGCUACACACAAACAGGCAAACAGCGUGAGAUUCUGGAACAUGAUCUUAAAACGAGCAAAUGCCAUAUUUGGGAUAUUCUGAAUGUGUCCAGAGGAAAUCAUCAUGGAAUAAGCUAUUCGAUUUAUCGAUUGCAAAGAACUGAUGGCACAGAGUUCACCUGUCAAGAGAACGAUUUUAAUGUUUUUUGGAUAGAAUGUAAAUAUAUAUAUCCAAGAAUGUGUAUGUACAUCAAUGUACAAGAUUACAAAAACCUACGGCAUUCAAGGUAUAGAAUGCCUCACAAAAACAAAAACAUAUUAGGUAGCUAACCAUAGCAGCUAGCUAUCCUACUCCAAAACACAAAACUUGAUAGCUAACCAUAUAAGCUAGCUAUCCACCUCAAAAAAACAGCCAUCAAGCCAUGACAAAAAAUGGGUGAUGAACAGCCCAAAGUUUCAAAAAGUGAUCAUAUGGACCGGGUAAAGAAGAUAACGUACUUUAUACACCAUAUACAUGAUUUGUGUAACCAUGUCUUCCACAUUGGCCGUGGCACCAUCAAACCUAAUGGCAUUCCUUAUUCUCCAAGUCCAAUAGACCAUAUAGCAUAAUGAUAUCCUUAUAGCUUUUGCUUUGAUAUUUGCUCCAUUAUGCUCCUCUUUAAUCCAUUUGAUUGCACUCUUCAAAGUAGUCAUUUCCCUUGUAAUUCCAAGCCAAAGCUUCACCUUUUUCCAGACCUGCCCUGCAAAAUUACAUCCAAAAAAUAGGUGUGACACCGUCUCCGGUUCACCCUUGCAAAAAGGACAUUCGUUAAUCACAUCAAGAAAUCUCAAAUUAUCAUACGUAGGUAACCUAUUUCUCAAGGCCAGCCACAUUAUGAAUGAAAACUUUGGUGGUACAUAGGACUUCCAAAUGAAGGACAUCCACAUCUUAGGUGCGGCUUUCACCCUUAACAAGUCAUAAACUUUCCCGGUAUCUAGUUUACCGUUCAUUGAGCUCUUAUUGAGGAAGGCUAAUGCCAUAUCAAUUGUGGGGAAUUUUGAGACAAUGGAAUCUCGGAUUAAGGCAAGCCUUUUCAUCAAUUGAGAGUCCCUAUUGUGUGGAACAAAUGUCCACACAUCUCUCCCAUGGAGAUAAACACCAUGAACCCAC